AUGGAAUUCUCUACUCAAGUUCCACCAUUUUCUACUCAAGUCCCACCAUUUUCUACUCAAGUUGGUACUGAAAAAGAAGAAAAGGUUGUCGUUAAAAAAAGAUCUCGAGAGCAAUUUACAAGGGAAGAGGAUAUACUACUUAUCCAAUCAUGGCUCAAUGUUUCAAAGGAUCCAAUUGUGGGAGUUGAUCAAAAGGCUGAGACUCUUAAAGGAAAGAAAAGUGGGACAUCCGAGACUGAUGUCAUGGCAGAUGCACAUGCUAUUUUUACUCAGGAUCAAGGUACAACAUUCAAUCUUAAGUAUGGAUGGCGAUUGUUAAAAGAUGAAGUUAAAUGGCGCAUCGUCGAAGAAUCGAUUGGAAGUUCUGCAAAAAUAACAAAGAUUUAUGCUAGUGGGGCAUCAUCGGAGAACCCAGAUACAACUUUAAGUUAUGAGUUUAACUCAUCAUCACCAAUGGAGCGUCCAAUGGGACAAAAAGCAGCAAAAAGGAAGGGUAAGGCAUCAGAAAUUCCAAAUGUAACGCAAGAUGCAAAGAAUGAAAGAGCAAUAGCAAUGGACAGACUUGCGCAAACUAAGGAGGACGAGCUAGAAUUAAGGGUAGUGCAAAUGAUGAUGAAAGACACUUCCACUAUGAAUGAUAGUCAAUGCAAUAUUCAUGAAAAAUAUUGUAAUAAGAUGAAAAAAAAAUAUGGAAUGUAG